UCAUGGAGGCACCACCAGUCACCAUGAUGCCCGUCACCGGGGGCACCAUCAACAUGAUGGAGUACCUCCUGCAGGGAAGUGUUUUAGACCACAGUUUGGAAAGUCUCAUCCAUCGCCUUCGUGGUUUGUGUGACAACAUGGAGCCUGAGACUUUCCUCGAUCACGAGAUGGUAUUCCUUCUUAAGGGCCAGCAAGCCAGCCCGUUCAUCCUGAGGGCCCGUCGCUCCAUGGACAGGGCCGGGGCACCCUGGCAUCUGCGGUACCUGGGACAGCCCGAAAUGGGAGACAAGAACCGCCACGCCCUGGUGCGCAACUGCGUGGACAUCGCCACGUCCGAGAACCUCACAGACUUCCUGAUGGAGAUGGGCUUCCGCAUGGACCACGAGUUUGUCGCCAAAGGACACCUGUUCCGGAAGGGCAUCAUGAAGAUUGUGGUGUAUAAGAUCUUCCGAAUCCUGGUCCCAGGGAACACCGACAGCACAGAGGCCCUGUCGCUCUCCUAUCUCGUGGAGUUAAGCGUUGUCGCGCCAGCUGGGCAGGACAUGGUCUCUGAUGACAUGAGGAACUUUGCAGAGCAGCUCAAACCUCUGGUUCACCUGGAGAAAAUAGACCCCAAAAGGCUUAUGUGAUUAAGAAGGUCUGUCCAUCUUUGAGGCUUGUC